AUGUAUGCUGUUCCACUUCGAUGGUGCCCUCCCACUAAUUCCAACAUCGAUUUUGAUUCCUCUUCACCACAAGCCAAUGGCAGUGAGGUUAAUCCUAGCAGAAUACGAGAAAUACAUCAUAAUGUUCCCCCAACCAAUAACAUGGAUUCCAAUUCCUCUUCACCACAAACACAAACCAAUGGCAGUGAGGUUGAUGCUAGCGGAAUUCCAAUUGUUGGAAAAACCUGCCAUCAGUGCCACCAGAAAACAAGGGAUGUUGUUGCAACAUGUAAGAAUCCGAGAAAUGGAAAGCCUUGUGUAAUUAAGAUUUGCCACAAAUGUCUUUUGAAUAGAUAUGGGGAAAUAGUGAAUGAGGUAAAUCGACAGACAAAUUGGAUGUGUCCAAGAUGCAGAGGCAUCUGCAAUUGCAGUUCGUGCAUGAAAAAAAGAGGUCAACGACCUACUGGUCCUCUAGCACAUAAAGCCAAGGCAUCUGGUUUCAAUUCUGUGUCUGAAAUGCUUAUAAACGGCGCUUCUGAAGAUUUAGAGAUGAACAAUGUUAAUAAUGCCGAUGUUGUGCCUUCAAAUGAAGCUACUUUGGUAAAGGAGGUUAUACUAGAUCGAUCAGAGAAAACUCGAACUGAAAACUCCCUAGGUGACAUGACUCAGAGGCAGAUGGAUGGUCCCGAGGCUUCUUUGGCUUCAAAUGGCUUUAUCAUCAAUCCUACUACAUAA